AUGGUUCUUCACGAUGAUUUCUUGGUCGUCGUUGUUGUUGGCAAGUUAUUGUCAAAAGAAUUGACAGUUUAUCACCAGCUUCCAAACGAUUUUAAUAGGGGAUUCUCAAAAAUCCCCCCAGAUGCUACCAGCAUCUUUGAAGGUUUGCAUAGACCAUGUGCUAAGGGGCAUCCCAUGGCAAGAUAUCCAAACAAAUCUCUCUUUAUUGGCUUGUUCACCAUUCCAAGUGGUAGUAUUUGGAGAAAUAGUGUUUGGACCUCUUUAUCUGCUGCCAACUCUUCCUAUUCUGGCCCUCUUUUCCUCUGUGGGGACUUUAAUCAAGUCCUUUCUCCAGUAGAUAAAUGGGAAAAAAACAGUCACCAUACCCCAGGAUCCCUCUCAUUCCAUUCUUUCCUUGCUUUCUUUGGUCUUAUAGAGGUUAAAAAUGUAGGUCAUUGGUUUACAUGGACUAACAACAGAGAAGGAGAUGCAUGUACUUUUGAAAGGCUUGAUAAGGGUUGGUGUAAUCUUGGGUGGCUGGACUUGUUCCCUAAAGCUUAUAUGUCCAACUUGGGCAUCUCUAGAUCUGAUCAUGCCCCUAUUUCCUUUGUUACCUCUCCUCCUUCAACCUUAUUUCCCUUUCCUUCCAAAUUUGAGGCUUGGUGGCUGCAAAACACUACAGCCACACAAAUCAUCAAAUUCACUUGGAAUUUGCCUCUUCCUGGUUCCCCUCUCUUUAAAGUAGUGAACCAUAAUAAAAGCAUGCUCAAAGUUUUGAAGCUUUGGGCUAGAGAGAGAAAAGACUCUAUUCCUGUUAAAAUAAAAAUGAUUCAAUCUCAGCUAUGUAGUGUCCUUGAGAAUAUCUCCUCUUCCAACCUUUUGCUUGAAAAAUCUUUGAGAAAGGAUCUGGAUUCUCUUUUGGAACAAAAAGAAUUAUUUUGGGCUCAAAGAGCCAAACAACAUUGGCGGACUCUUGGGGAUUCUAAUACUAAAUUUUUUCACUCUAUGACAAAAGCAAGAAGAGCCAGAAACCAUGUUUGGCAAUUAAACUCUUCCUCUGGGCAUGUCUUGAAGGAUGAAUCUGAUAUUAGGGUUGAGUUUCAUCAGCACUUCAAAUCUUUCUACUCUUCAGCUUCUCCCUCUUCUCUAGAAACACUUCAGUCCCUUAUUCCUUUCUCAACUCUCUCAGAAGAUCAACUGGUUGUAUUAAAUCUUCCAUUCCAAGCUUGGGAGGUUAAAAAGCUCUUUUCUAAAUGGCUCCCUUAA